GCAGACCUGGCGACAGCGCCGGUCCCGGCCACUAUGAUGUGUCCCAGGCCAGAGGCAUAGGCCUUGGAGCUCGAGGGGGUCGGAUUAUGCCGCCCGCCUUCGAUCCGGCGGCGAAGCCUUGCGAGACGCCGGGGCCCGGCCAUUAUGUAGCCAAGGCCUUUGGCAAGGAGAGUGAGAAGCCCAUCUACUCCUCCUUUGCCUCGCAAGCAGAGCGCGAUGCGAAGUCCGACAAGAAGGGCGUGGAGAUGCCCGGCCCAGGGCAGUACUACUCCAGCAGGCCAUCGAAGAGGCCAAAUCUUCGGGAGCUACAUCCGGAGCUGCAGUACUUCGGCAGCACCUCGGAACGCUUCCCGGAGGCUGAGGCCACUAUCGUCGCCAGCCAGACCCCGGGCCCUGGCCAGUAUGGCAUGGCAGACUACCGGAAGAAGGCUGCGAAAAGCUUUGCCUGGUUGAACGGAAAGCGCUUCCAGGAGCAUGGCCAAGUUGCCAAGAAAGUCCAAAAUCCUGGACCUGGAGCCUAUGACCCCAGCAGCAGCGACGGCAAGACCAGCGGCAAGACUGGGACAGUCUCCAUCCUGGGGAGCACCGGCAGCCUUGCCUUCGGCAGCAUGGAGGCCAGACGCGGCAUAGCUGACCCGAAGAAGGGCCAG